AUGGGUUGCUUUCUUGCUUGUUUUGGUUCUUCCAAAGAUAAGAACCGCCGGAAUCAACAGCAGAGGUACAGGGUUCAGAACCGGGAACAAAGAUACACAAGUUUUGAGCCUGUUCAAUCUGCUGUGUCUGAUGUGCCUGUUUGGGAGAAACCCAUCACUCCUGAUUUGAAAUGUGAGGAACCCAUCAAUCCUGAAUUGAAAUGUGAGAAACCCAUCAGCCCAGAAUUGAAAGAUGAGAAACCCAUCAGCCCAGAAUUGAAAGAAGAAGAACCCAGUAGUCCAGAAUUGGAAGUUGUAAUCAGUCCAGAAGUUAGGGAUAAGCCAGUGGAACAACUGAGCUGCAUUGCUAGAAAGAAGGUGACUUUUGAUUCUAAUGUGCAAACCUAUGAGCAUGUUGCAAUCAACGAAUCCACGGAUAUUUUACUUGAUAGUAAAGAGUGUCAGAAGGAGGAGGGGGAAACCUUGAAAGAAUCAAGCCUGUCGAAGACUUCGUCUGAAGAUGAUUCCAUCACUUCUAGCUCAGGGUCGUAUCCUCCUAAUCAUAGGUACCAGAAUUGCAGGGACAGUGAUGAUGAAGAUGAACCAUUAGACUAUGACGAGGACAGUGAUCUUGAUGAUGAUGAUGAUCUUGAGGACGAAACUGAUGAUGAUGAAAUUGUAGACUCGAAGAGAGGGACACAAGUAAUGACUGAGGAUGCUGACAGUCCAAUUCCAAAAAAGCCAACUGGGCUUAACUACAGUGUUCGUGAUAGGAGUGGUUAUGUUCAUGCUGUGCUUAACCCAGUUGAAAAUAUCACACAAUGGAAAGCUGUCAAAGCAAAAAAGACAACCGUAAUGAAACCUCAGAAGGAGAAUUUCACCCUGGAUGAUGAACCCCGGAUUUCAUUCAGUUCAGAGCCAAGUAUCAAGGAAGUAUCGUCGAGUUUCAAAUCAUGUAAGAGGCAAUCUGGUCAGGCGAGGAAUUCUAACCAUGAAAUGGCAGUUGAUGCUAGCCUGUCAAAUUGGUUGGGUUCAUCAGAAGCUACACCUGUUAAAAAGACUAGCACAUCUCUGGGCGCUUCUACGCCUGAGAAAAGCAUGUCCUACGGAUCACCACACUCAGCAACAAGCCACGAAGAUAGACCAAUUUUAGGUGCAUUAACAGUUGAAGAGCUGAGACAGUUUUCAGCUUCAUCUUCACCGCGGAAAUCACCCAGCAGAAGCCCUGAUGAGAUGGCCAUAAUUGGGACUGUUGGGAGCUACUGGAAUGAUCAGACCGAUCCUGCCAAGGGUUCUGGUGCCUCCUCUUACAAAGGAAUACCAAACACAACCAGCAAGUACAGAGAGGAUAGAAGAGUCAACUGGCACUCUACCCCAUUCGAGACACGAUUAGAAAGAGCUUUGAAUAGAGGUGCUGCAGAUGCCUACUCAUCUUCUCGUACGCCUCAUGGUUUGUGAGAUUGUUUUG